AUGUUCGCUUUUGCAAAAGUCGUCGCGCAUGUGGUUCAGCAGGCGAAUUUACUCGUUUGCACAAACAAUACUGCUGGGUCUCCCAUCGUGGCCUCCAACUUCGGUCGAAAUGCCAAAUCAAUCAUCCUUAUCAGAGACGAAGUCCCCAAGGAAGUAGAACUGAACAGUUGGAUUCCCAUUGCCUGCCUCCGUUCUGGAGCAAAGGUCAUCGGCAUGGUGAUUAGUGGAGACCUCGAGCAACCCCAGCCCACGGUUCUCUCAGCCCAGGACGACCCAGUAUAUAAUGGAUUUGCCCUCCAACUACAGUUAUCAUUUUUCCGUCGAGCGACAAAAAUGAACCACCCCGUUACGAAACUCACCGAGCAACGAAGAUUCCGCGAUGCUUUCGUCGGAUGGUUAAAUAAGAGGAUUUACAACUCCAUGAUGAAAAGCCAUGUUUCCACCCAAGGCCUGACUAUUGACCCCAGAUGGGACGCGAUGGUCAGAGACCUCUAUGACCUCAACUAUCCACUAGACACAGGCAACAUUGUGCUAAGCAUCGAAGGUAGCGAGGCUUUCGUUGACCCGCAUAGCAAGUCUCGUCUCAAUCAUAACAUCCUCUACGCCGUGAUAUCCCUGAUUCUCUGCUGCAUGGAAUCAACCGCUUAUCUCCCGACCGAGAUAACCGUGAUUUGUCUUUACAAAGCUCAGAAGGUCCUUUACCUACAGGCACUACACAAGCUCAUCCAGGCGAACGUUCUACGUUUCGACGCACUCCCCUGCAUAGAAACCGCCGACAGCAUACAAGGCAAGGAGAACCGAGUGAUCAUCGUCGACUGGGUCGUCUCAUCCGCGUCAAAGAAGUCAGAUCUUGGCUUCACUAUUGACGAUAGCCGCGGCAACGUCGCCCAGUCCCGCAUGCGCGAGGUCAUGGUGAACAUCGUUCCGUCGACCAUCGGCAGCGACGCUUUGAGUACCAAUGAUCAGGAGCGGAAUGGGCCUCGUCGUGAUCUCAAGAAGAAAAAGCUGCCCUACCUCUGCGAAUAUGUCCAGUAUGCAGCGGCACAUAGAAUGAUCAUUGAAGUCUCCAAGGACCGCGUGUACGACCAUCUUCACCCUGAAGUGAGGUGUUUCGAUGCGGAAGAACUUGAGGAGCCCAAGAACGGGUCUGUCUCUGGAGUUCCGAUUGACCUCGAUUCUCUCCAUGAAGUGUUUGAUCGCGAGCAGACCGUACCCGUCUCUAAGAUCUAA